AUGGAUACCAUUAAGAACACUUACAACUACAUUUUCGAGGAAUUGCCAAAUCCCAUGACCAAGGAUUGGUUCCUCGUCUCCAGCCCAUGGACAGUUGUCAGUAUAGUCGUAGCCUACAAUGUGUUUUCAAGGAAGCUCGGUCCAUACUUGAUGAAGGACAGGCCAGCCUUUGAAUUGAAAACUGUGAUAAAGCUGUACAAUAUGUUCCAAGUCCUCAUAAGCACAUAUUUGGUAUAUGAGGGUAUCGACUAUGUUCUUCACAAAGAUUACAACCCCUACUGUCAAGGGCUGGAUCCCGACCCCAAAUCUGCCAGGGCUUUAACGAUAGCACGCAACAUAUAUAUUUACUAUACGCUGAAGUUAAUAGAAUUAUUGGACACCGUCUUCUUUGUGCUUAGAAAGUCUUUCAGACAGAUAUCGCCACUCCAUCUUCAUCACCACAGUUUGAUGCCGCUGGUGUCUUGGAUGGCUGUUAAGUAUAUUCCAGGUGGCCAAUGCGUUUUGAUCGGAUGGGUGAACAGCUUCGUGCACGUCGUCAUGUACGGUUACUACCUAAUAUCUGGUCUGGGGCCGCAAUACAAAAAGUACUUAUGGUGGAAGAAAUACGUCACUGUUUUACAACUGGUACAGUUUGCUGGUCUGACUCUACAUAGCGUUAUAAGUUUGUUCAACCCUUGUUCCUACCAUUGGAUAUUCAAGAUAAUCACCAUAUGCUACGGUGGAGUGUUCAUGAACAUGUUUGGGCAAUUCUACUACCAGACCUACAUCAAGAAGAAACCGGAGCGCAAUGGCCAGACGAACGGUGUCAAACACAGCCAGUUAGGGAAGAAGAAGAAAUAG